AUGCUUGCUCAAAGACUCGGUCUGCAGACAGCGCGCCGCUUGGCGGUCCGUCAGCCUUCGCUCCUCUCUUCGCGCACUCCCCAGCUUCUUUCGUCCGCCGGCCUGGUUCAGCAAAGACACGCUGCCUUCCAGAGCGUCUCGGACUCGGAGGCUUCGCAACAAAUCCUGGCCAAGCAACGCCUGAACCGCCCCGUCUCGCCUCACUUGGGCAUCUACAAGCCUCAGAUCACCUGGUACGGCUCUGCUCUCAAUCGUGUCACCGGCGUUGCCCUCUCCGGCUCCUUCUACCUCUUCGGUCUCUCAUACCUCAUCGCUCCUGCCUUUGGCUGGCACCUUGAGAGCGCCAGUCUUGCCGCUUCCUUUGCUGCAUGGCCUGCCGCUCUUGCCAUCUUGGCUAAGCUCGUCGCCAGCUUCCCCUUCACCUACCACAGCUUCAACGGUCUGCGACACUUGAUGUGGGACUUGGGCAAGGGCAUCACCAACAAGCAGGUCCAGGUCACCGGCUGGACUGUUGUUGGACUGAGCGUCCUCAGCAGCUUGGUCCUGGCCCUUAUGUAA